GCGUCCUGGCCUUCGCGAUGUCCACUGUGCGUGGCCUACGCGUGUCGGUGAAGGCGGCCGAGCCGGAACCCAUGGAGGUGGAGGAGGGGGAGCUGCUCCUGCAGGCCGGACCCCCCGCCGAGCCCGUCAGUGAGGGCCCCGUCGGGCGCGAGCACGAGGCCCCCGCGGAGCUGGCCGGACCGGGGAGGCGCGCGCUCCGAGAGCUGCUGCCGGAUACCAGCAGAAGAUAUGAAAACAAAGCUGGGAGCUUCAUCACUGGAAUAGAUGUUACUUCAAAGGAAGCAAUUGAGAAGAAGGAGCAAAGAGCAAAACGCUUUCAUUUUCGUGCAGAGGUGAAUCUUGCUCAAAGAAAUGUGGCAUUGGACCGGGAUAUGAUGAAGAAAGGUACUGAGAGUUGCAUGUUGCUGAACAAGUGACUUUAAUAAUAAAAGGACUGUCCAUUUGCAUUUGGCUGUACAGAACUGCCAGUGUUUUGAUGCCACUGCCGUACCAAACAAUUGCACACAUUACCAUUUUUUCCCCUUGGGGUUUCCUGUUGGCAAAACAAAAUGUUUUUACUUGAAAAAAGGACCACUGGUGGAAAAGACUCAAUUUUCAAUAAGUCAGGAAAUGACUGGUGGUAUAAAUAUGAGAUGCAUUUUCCUGAUCUCUUGCAGUAAGUGACUUUAGAGUAAAUUGUAUGAGACAAGCUGAAAAAGGUGUGGUGGAUUGAUUGGAACUUAGUUUCUGGCAUUGUGGGGCAUAACAGCUUUUUUUUCUUAGAAUUCAGAAAUAAACAUAAAAUUUGGAGAAAAUGGGAAUGUAUGCACAUACUCUUUUCAAUUUUGCACUUUUACUUUCUUGUUUAACAGUGUAAAAUACUCUACAUAUAACUUAGCACAUUACAUUGCUAUAGUUAUUAUAUGUAGAAAUAUAGAUUCAUUAGUUUUAUUCAAACAAUAAUAGCAGA